AUGGCUUCCAGUUCAAGAAAACGGCCCAAAACCCAGAACCCAAGACACUACUCUUCAUCUUCUUCGGUUCUUUCUGGAAGCUCCAUUGUUGAAAUCUUAAGGUUCGUUGCCGUUCUUUCGAUCGCCGCCUUUGUGGCUAUAUUCUGCAACUACGUUGUCACUUUUUUCAACCAACAGCCCCCUCCUUUUUGCGACAGUGAUCUUGCUUUCGACGAGUCUUUCUCAGACUCCUGUGAACCUUGUCCAAGUAAUGGAAUAUGUAAAGAAGGAAAGUUUGAAUGUGCUGAUGGCUACAGAAAGCAGGGAAAGUUAUGCGUAGAAGACAGAGACAUCAAUAGGGCCGCCGAGAAACUUUCAGAGUUUGCAGAAGCUCACGUCUGCGAAGGAUAUUCUCAGUAUUUAUGCAGUGGAGCUGGCACUAUUUGGGUUGGAAAGGAUGAUUUGUCCACUUUUUUAGACAAUCAUCACAUGAUGGAAGCUCACGGUUUAGAUGAGUCUGCGUAUGCUCUCUCAAAAUUUAGAGCAAUUGAGACUGUAGACAAGUUAAUGGAGAAAAGAGUAAAUGCUGGCGGGUUUGAAGAGUUCAAGUGCCCCGAUUUGAUUGUAAAGCGUUACAAAUCGCUCUCAUGUUCUGUUCGGAAUUGUAUUUCUGAGCAUUUUGUAGUGCUACUUCCUGUUUGUGCAUUGCUUGUUGGAAGCAUUAUGGUUCUGUCGAAAGCACUAAAGAGACAUCGCCUGUCAGUUAGAGCUGAAGAGAUUUACAACAAGGUGUGCGAUGUACUUGAAGAAAAAGCAGCGAUCUCAAGGCGCAUAGAUGGAGAUGGUGAGCCAUGGGUAGUUGCCUCAUGGUUACGUGAUUAUCUUCUUUCCCCAAAAGAAAGAAGGGACCCCCUCUUAUGGAGAAGGGUUGAGGAUCUAGUUCAGGAAGAUUCUCGUUUGGAUCGGUAUCCAAAGAUGGUAAAAGGAGAAGCUAGGAUAGUAUGGGAAUGGCAAGUUGAAGGUACUUUAAGCUCUUCUGGAAAGAAGAAAAGACAAGAGAACGAGCUGAAAUCGAACAGAUUAAAGAAUCAAACUCCUGGUGAGCAGAGUUGGGAAUUUAAGAAUAGCAUGCUGCUGAAUUCUUGA